UACAAAAAUUAAGAAAAUAUAAAUUUAGUUCCCUAUGUCCAGUUUGUAAAAAACCCUAACCCUAACCCUAACUCCGGCGGCCUGCAUUUCUCUGGUUACGCACAUACAAUCUCACAAAAUGGGUAGGGUCCGAACAAAGACGGUGAAGAAAUCAUCCCGUCAGGUAAUCGAACGGUACUAUUCACGUAUGACCCACGAUUUCCACACGAACAAGAAGAUUCUCGAAGAAGUCGCCAUUAUCCCAUCGAAGCGGCUCCGUAACAAGAUUGCCGGGUUUUCGACCCAUUUGAUGAAGCGGAUCCAAAAGGGUCCCGUUCGCGGGAUUUCACUGAAACUUCAAGAGGAAGAGAGGGAGCGGCGGAUGGAUUUUGUGCCGGAAGUUUCGGCAAUUAAGACUGACUUGAUUGAGGUUGACAAGGAGACGAUUGAUAUGCUUUCGGCGCUCGGUAUGAGUGAUGUUCCGGGUAUUGUUCAGGUCGAACUGGCUGCUGCCCCUGUUACUCAGUUUACUUUUGGUAGAGGGGCCGGUGCUGGUGCCGGCGGUGCAAAGAGGUUUUGAAUUUUGAAUUUUAUUGCUAGUUUUAUGUUUUAGUGAAUGUUUUUAUGUUUUAUGGUUAUAUAGUUGUUGAAUUGAAGCAUGAUGGAUUCAAAUUUUGAUGCUUAAUUUAUAUAUUUGGAUAGUAUUAUUUAUUGUUA